UCCGCCCUGACUUACAAUCAGUGAUUAGUCCAAGUGGGUUGUGUGUUUAUAGUGUUUCAGAAGUUCACCGGACUCGUUUCACGACCAGUCCCUCGCGCUUGUCGUCGCCGUCAUUUUUAUUUGUGUUAGUGUUUUUAUUACCGUCCGAUCCAAAAUGAAGAGCUCGCUGGCAUGCGUGGUUCUGUGCAGUUUGGUGGCGGCGGUGUGCGCCUUCAAAUCUGGAGCCCCGCAACGACAGUGCGAGGCAAUGCGCCCCUACCACGAGGGCUCGGAGCCGCAGACGGGCAGAGCCCCCUACACAGUGUCAUUCAGCAAGAGCAAGAUCGCCCCAGGCGAAAGAAUCUCUGUCAAGAUCACAGGAGAAGGCAACGAAAAAUUAAAGGGCUUUAUGAUCCAGGCUCGUGUAGGAGAUACGCCCGUCGGGAAAUUCUCUUCCUCCAAUAGCAUCAAAUUGCUCGACUGCAGCGGAACUAGCAACACCGCUACUCACACGAGUAACACACCCAGAUCUCGAGUUAACCUCUUCUGGACUGCACCUAAGGAUCUCACCGAAACUGUUACAUUUAAGUAUACGAUCGUGAAAGACUACGUUACAUACUGGGUAGCGCUGGAUUCGCCAAAACUGACUAUCGCUUAAGUUGAUGCCUAGAUCUUAAUUAUUUAUUUAAGUUACCAUUUACGAAAAAUUACCGGUUUUUCCGUGCAUAACACUGCCAAUUGACAGUUCACAUACUAAUGUUUAUGAUUGCUUAGAGAUGAAAUCAAAAAGUGACACUACCGAUAAGUGAUCGCUACUGUUCAAUAAUGUGCCACCAGUUAUGCCAUUUACUUGUGUUGUAGGAAAAAAUUAAUAAAUUUUUAUGUUUUUGUAA